UGUUGAAGAGCUAUGUUCUGACAGAGAUAGCUAAGUGAAAAUACACAAUAUUUACGAUGACGACACCCGUGCUGGGAUUAUUUUGGUCUAUGGCCUGUCACACUCCGCGCACUCGUGGAUCCCUGCCUCCGGGCUGCGCCCGCGCGCAGUCUCCGCAUCCUCCACGCUGUCCCGCGAGGCGGAGGAGGGGCGAAUGGAAUCCUGUCCGCGCCUGUCGUCAGUUCCGUUCGGCCUUUCCACGCAGGAUUGGAAGGGGGUGGCUGUACUGGAUAAUACAAACAAGAAACCAGAGGUUGAAAGAGGCCAUCGGACAAGUCAUGCAAUAGAACAACGCAGCCAGUUUGAAGUUGCCCUUGUCUGUCACUGCGUGGAUAUAUGUAUUAGGUUGUACGCUAAUUGACGAAAACGCAGCUAGCCAGCUGGAGAUCGUGAACUCUGGAUUAACAGUCGCUCGCUAGCUAGCUAGCCAGCUUGCCGGGCAAUUCGGAGGACCGAAUUCGCACAGGACUCCACCAUGACGGACAGCAUCAUGAGUAAGGCGGCUACCAUGGAGAUCCCCAUCAACAGCAACGGGGACACGGGGACCCUACCUGAGGAUGACAGCCUGGAACAGGCUGCACAGAUUCACUGGCGCUUAGAUGAGAAGGACCUGCAGCAGGUGAUGGUGUCGGGGCCCAACCUGAACGAGACCAGCAUCGUGUCCGGUGGCUACGGCGGGGCGGCGGAGGGGAUCAUCCCCACCAGCUCCAUUAAAGGCCCGGCCGUCCGCUACAACCCCGACAAUCUGGGCAUCAGUCGCGUCCCCGCCCCCGGACAAGGUCCCAGCAUGCACCACAGCGGCAGCGGCUCCUUGGCGGGCGCGGAGGAUGCCUCGCGGGGCGUUGCCGUGGAGAAGUUCGACAUCGUGAAGAAGUGGGGCCUCAACACCUACAAGUGCACUAAGCAGAUGAUCUCGGAGCGUUUUGGGCGUGGCUCGCGGACGGUGGACCUGGAGCUGGAGGCGCAGAUCGAGGUCCUGCGGGACACCAAGCGCAAGUACGAGAACGUCCUGCGGCUGGCCCGGGCGCUCACCAACCACUUCUACAGCAUGGUGCAGACCCAGCAUGCACUGGGGGACACCUUCGCCGACCUCAGCCAGAAAUCGCCCGAGCUGCGGGACGAAUUUGGGUACAACGCAGAGACGCAGAAGCUGCUCUGCAGGAACGGGGAGACCCUGCUGGGCGCCAUCAACUUCUUCGUGUCCAGCAUCAACACGCUGGUCAACAAGACCAUGGAGGACACGCUGAUGACCAUCAAGAUGUAUGAGAAUGCCAGGCUGGAGUUCGACGCGUACCGCGCGGACCUGGAGGAGCUGAACAUGGGCCCGCGGGACGCCGCCACGCUGGCGCGCAUCGACACGGCGCAGCAGCAGUACCAGAUCCACAAGGAGAAGUACGAGAGGCUGCGCGGCGACGUCACCAUCAAGCUCAAGUUCCUGGACGAGAACAAGGUGAAGGUGAUGCACAAGCAGCUCCUGCUCUUCCACAACGCCAUCUCGGCCUACUUCGCGGGGAACCAGCAGCAGCUGGAGCAGACGCUCAAGCAGUUCAACAUCAAGCUCAAACCCCCCGGUGCAGACAAGCCGUCCUGGCUGGAGGAACAGUGACCGGACGGACGGACGGACGGAGAGAGAGGGGGGAGGACGGACUGUACGGGCGUGGUGGGGCGGGACAUCCCAGAGGAAGCGGGACCAACAGAGUGGCCAGUGAUCGCAAAUUCGGCGCCGGAGACAGAGAGAGCAGGGAAAAUCGGCGUCCUCCUCUUCCUCUGACUCCUGCUCGUCUCUCUUUUCUCUCCUCCUCCUACUCCACCUCCUCCUACUACUCCUUCCAUCUCUCUCUCUCUUUCUCUCUCUCUCUCACACACAUACACACAAAACGGUAACCCCUCUCUGUUUUCAUGUUCAUGAGAACUCUGGAUGUUUUAGUCAAUAAAAAAACAACCCAACGUUCCUUUCCUUGUAGGAAUCGCCCCCCAUGCCCCCCCCCCCCCAAAUGUUCACAAUCUUAACAAAAUCAGAAGAGAGAUCACAGCACCGCCUGGUAACAGAACGCUAAACCAGGGGCUUGGACUUCAGACCGUAAAAAAAGACAUCUCCCUGCUUCUGUGGCUUUUCCCGCCAUUUUCUCUUCUGCCGAGCAGCGAAAUCUUAGAGGACAGAGGAGACUUUCUCCAGAGAAGGACCAGGAUUGGCUCGCUGCUGAUUUUUUUCCCCCCUUUUGAAUCGUUUAACUCCUCUAACAAAUGAGCGUGUCGACUUUUGGAUUCAGGUGAUUAAAGAAACACUACAGGUACCGACGUCAGCCACCGGUGACCAAUGAGAGUGGACGUACAAGUAAACAGGAACUGGAAAACUCCCGAGUGAAAUGCAUGAUGGGAAACCCCAUUCUGACGGAUGACAUGAGCGGCAGUGGCUCUUUUAACAAAACGGCAGGAUAUUGUCCUAUUUAUUUUUAUUUAUUGUCUGUUUUAUUUGUGUCCAGUUUAGAUGGAAUCUAUAAUGGUACUCAGCAUUAUUCUUAACACUCUGCUUAGCGAUAUGUGCUAAUUGUUGUUUUCAUUUUGGCAUUGUCUUUCUCUGUCUUGGGUUAUUUUUGGGCCUUUUAAACUGUAGUCCUCGGCAAAAUGACAGGAUACACAUAAUCAGUCCAGUGUAUCCGAGCGAGAAGGAAAGAAAUGCAAUCAUUGGUGGACACUUCUAUUUUUGAUCUUUAACCCUUUGAAGAGUUCAAAGGGUGCAGCUAAGAACAUUUCUAAUCACGUAUUUUGUGAUUUUCUUACACCUUAAAGGGUUAACCUGAGCAGCUUGCAGCCUACAGAGCGUUCCUUACUACCAAGUCACUCCUAACUGAAACGAAUCUCCAAUAAUAACAGUAAUAGAAGUAAAAAUCUGUCUCUUGCAUGUUUCGUACUCGGUGUUUUUAGUCAUCAAAAUGGGUUUGGACGACUGAGAAAUAUGAGACACUCCGGAGUUUCACUCGUAUGGCAGCUCACGCACGCUUUGCCGGGUUUGGUUGGUGGCUUGGUCCGGCUCGUUUCAGUUAUUUUUUUAUCGGUAAAAUGUGCGGUCUCUUAGCGCGUGGACGCGAAAGAAAGAGCAGCUUCGUUUCCGAGCGCGCUCACGAGAGACCUGUGGCUAGUUGAGCCGUCGUUGUCUUCCUUCUGUACGGAGAGCAAGUCUCUCUCAACCCAGUGAUUUUUAUUUUUCAUUUUUUACCCUGAAAUGGUGUGUUUGUACAGAGACAUAAAAAACAGUGAUGCGGGGGUGCGUUAAGGCACAGCCCGGUUGAACUUUAGCCCCUCGCCGGGUCUUGGAAUGCUUCAAACAGUCCAGAUUAAUCCUGUUAAUCUUCAGACUGGGGGUGGAGGUGGAUGGGGUGGGGGGGGGGCGGGGGUGUAAGGUUAUCGCAUGCCCCUUCCAUCAGAGGCUCUGUAGCGGGCUGUGUGCUCUUCCACAGCCCGCUGACUGGAGUUACCGGGUCAAACGCUCGGCUGAGGACACGCCGCUAAGUUGAACCCGCGCGCGUAAUCGGACGCCAGGCGAAGAGAGAAAGAGAGAGCCGUUUAAUUUAUGAAGUCUCUCCAGAACGUUCCCGGAGCGUCGGGCCUGGGUUUUUUUUUUUUUUUCGGCUUGAAUAAAACACGAGACGCCGCUCGCGUUCGCUCGGUUUCGUCCCCGUUAAAGAUCACGAGGCUGCAAAAUGGCCCCUUUGAAACCGAAAGGGGGCUGCCUGAGGCCUCCGGUAGGGCGGUAGAGCUCCCUUCCAGAUCCUCAGAGCAGUUACUUUACUUUCGGCGGGAGUAUCCGUGGUAACGGUGUUUCGUACGUGAGGUGAAAUGACACGUGCUUGUGCUUAUUUUGUCUCAUGACAUUUGACCUUGUUAUUUGGCAACAGAAAUGUUUUGAGUUUCUUUAUUUUCUUUUUUUUUUUGUUGGCAUAUUUAUGGUACAUUUCACCUCCCAGUCUCAUUUGAUAUUGGCAGUAAUUUAUAUAUGUAUGUAUGAAGAAAAGGAUUAUUGGUAUCGCAUAUAUAUAUUCACAAAUGCCCCUUCCCGGGGAGUCUUUAUAAAAUAGACAAAUAGAGCAUUGGAGAAUGGUGAGAAGUCCGCCGACAGCACACCUGGGUUUUAUGAAAUUAUCCAAACUAGCCGUUCUCGUUCAGCUGACGUUCACCUGAGGGGAACCGCAGAGCAUCGCGUACAAUCCUUAACAAAAGCAUAGUUAGGGAAUAGUCCAGAAUGGUAAAAUUACAGUUUGUUUUAAAAGGAGGAGGAGAACGUGGAAUGGAAUACUGUAUAGAAUGAACGAUGGAUAAUUUAGAAAUUUCUGACUUCGGAUUUUUUAAAAAUAUUUUCACUUUGGGCAAAGUGGCCCUUCAGAUUUCAGCCGCUGGAAUGGGGUGAUGUGACUGUGGGUCCCGCGGUUUGCACACAGUAAAGUGGAGUUUAAUCGCUGGGUGUCAGUUUUUGUCCGAUAUUGAAGUGAAUGUAGAAGGAGGCAACGUGCUCACACUACUGUACCAUUAGCACAGGACAUCAAACAGAAGCACUUUUAUCUCCCACAUGCCUCGGUAAGAAAAAAGUAAUUAAAAUGGCCGCCCCUCCCCCAUUUUUGGCUGCGGGGAUAUUUUUUUCUCCAUGGUUCGUCUGCAUCGAUCCCCCGAGAAAAUUCAACAGCUCCGAGCGCCUCAUUGGAUUUAAACGAUAACGGAGGAAGUGCGUAUUAAAGAAACUUCCUUCCUUUUUUUUAACGCUGCACUAACUAACUUUACAAACCUGGUAUGUGAAGCAAUACUGAAUUUAAACAAUGUCCAGAAAAAGAAACUUAAAUAUUGUCUACCAAGUGGCCUGUCCCUUUGGUGUACGUACUUGCCAAGAUGAUGUAUGUGGCACACAGCAUAUAGACUGGUUGCACAUCUGUGUAUAUUAGCAAUCAUUCCACGUCUUUCUAUGAACGGAAAUGUUUUGGAAAUGCAUGACGAGAAAGGACAAGAGCCUUCCACAUGCUAACCCUGUAUGGAUUGUUUUAAUGCCGCUAAUGCUCGCGUUGUUAAAAGGAAUAGAGGCAUUAGCAAGGUACUAAUAAUGCAAGCUAGCUAGAUAACGCUACACCAUGAGGCUUCUCCAGCCAGUUUAUAUAUACGGUAUAUAUUAUUGAAGGUUUUAGCGGUUGGAGAUGGUGACUGGCAUGACUUUGUAGGACUUCACAAGCUGCGGCAGACUUGGCGAGAAGUAUGUUCGACGUCUGACGAUUCUCUGUGUGUGCACGUUACUGCCAGGGCCGUGAAUGUCUGAAUGGUGUGGUCACUGUGGAACAGGAGGGAUAAUGUGAGAAUUGUAUGAAGGGUCUUGAGUUUGCAGAGGGGAGAAUGUUUUGUAACGUCUGAAGGUGGCGUUUCUAGAGGUGGGUGAUGCUAUUUGGUUUUGAUUACCUGUCUUAUCCCUGUGAAAGGCUGCACCCGGCUUGUGGACAGCAUUAUCAGUUUCUGUGGGAUGAGAAAGAGUUGCCUGUCAUCUUAUCCUGAACUGAUAUGACACUUGUGAGAUCUCUCAAUCUACUCCCACCAAAGCUGAAUUUGUGAUCCCGUCCUAACACCAAAAAAAACCAGAAUCUCUCUCUUCUGUGACUUUCCCAAAAAAAAAAACUGGAAUGAUCUGUUCUGAUAUGAGUACGCCACAUUAAUGCUUUCUGUUAAUAUAAAAAAACAAAUGGAAAAAUAAAAACCCACAAAAAUAAAUAAAGUGUGAUAGAUUUGCAGUCACUCCUUGAGUAGUUUUAGUUCUUAGGUGAAACAAUGAGAGGUUUAUAUAUGAAAUAUUAUUUGCGUACAAUCAAUAUUUUUUAGGCUGCUCUGUGAUAUUGUAGUGUAUGAAUGACUGUAUAUAUGUAAUGAUAUUUAAAAAGAAUGAAGAAGUAAACUGACAUCUGGGGUUUAUGUGGAUAUUUGCCAUUUUCCCUCGACUUUGCCCAGACCCUUGGAAUAUGGCAAUUACUAGAACACAAAAUGAGAUUAAAAAAAAGAUGUUUUCAAAAACA